AAUAAAAAGUGGUGGCAGGCAGCCAUUCUUCAUAAAUCAUAAUUGAUUAAUUUUAGGACUAAAAAGUUCUAUUUUCUUCUUGGAAAUCGUAAAAAAAGGAACGUGUUUUUUUUUUAAAAAAAAUUAAAGAAUCUGACCAAUUUGUAUUUUUGUUUCCCCCGACUGACAUUCUUUGUUUCUUGAUUCUCAGUUCUCGGUUCUCAUCCCUUUUCAUCACCCAUUUCUUGAUUUUAAUUGAUCAGUAAAAAGCAUUUUUAAAAGAAGAGAAAAAUCAUGUCUCAGUCUAAUAAUUCUCAGUCUCAGUCUCAGUCUCAGUCUCAGUCUCAGCCUCAAACCAAUUGGGAAGCUGAUAAAAUGUUGGAUGUUUAUAUAUACGAUUAUCUUAUGAAAAGAAAACUGCAUACUGCUGCCAAGGCAUUUCAGGCUGAAGGGAAAGUGUCGACAGAUCCUGUUGCUAUUGAUGCACCUGGUGGUUUUCUAUUUGAAUGGUGGUCUGUCUUUUGGGAUAUUUUUAUCUCGAGGACAAAUGAGAAGCACUCCGAAUCUGCUGCAUCUUACAUUGAGAGUCAAGUGGUCAAGGCACGAGAACUGCAGCAGCAACAGCAACAGCAGCAGCAGCAACAUCCAAAACCUCAGCAAAAUCAGCAAAUGCAGCAUCUUUUAUUACAGAGACAAGCUCAGCAGCAGCAGCAGCAACAACAGCAGCAACAGCAGCAGCAGCAGCAGCAGCAGCAGAUGCACCAGCAGCAACAACAGCAGAUGCACCAGCAGCAACAACAGCAGAUGCACCAGCAGCAACAACAGCAAAGAAGAGAUGCUAAUCAGCAUCCAGGUGGGACUGCCAGUGCACUUGCUCCUAAUGAUGUCACAAGACACAACCCUGCAACUGCAAAUGCUUUGGCAACCAAAAUGUACGAGGACAGACUAAAGCUUCCAAUUCAGAGGGAUUCCUUGGAAGAUAUGGCUAUGAAGUCAAGACUGAGCGAUAAUGUGGGCCAGCUUCUGGAUUCAAAUCAUGCCUCAUUGUUGAAAGCAGCUGCAAUGGGUGGUCAGCCUCCAGGGCAACCACUGCAUGGUGCACCUGGAGGAUCAGGAAAUUUUCAGCAAACUCAAAAUCGUAGUCAGCAACUUUCUAUGUCUACUCAGGAUUUAAAGAGUGAGAUAAAUGCAAUGAUAAAUCCCAGGGCUGCCGUUACAGAGGGACCACUGAUUGGAGUUCACGGACAAAAUCAAGGAGGGAGCAACUUGACUUUGAAAGGAUGGCCUCUAACAGGAGUGGAUCAGCUUGGGCUUCUUCAGCAUCAAAGAUUAAUGCAAUCUCCUCAGCCGCUCAGUAAAUAUCAGCUACAACAACAACUGAUUCUUCAGGCUCAACAGAACUUGACAUCACAAUCUAUCAAUGAUUUGGAACGUAGGAAACUGAGAAUGCUUCUUAAUAACCAGAAUAUGGGUCUUGGGAAGGAUGGCUCCUUAAAUUCUAGUGACAUGCUUGGGAAUUUUGGAUCAGCAAUGCAAGUUAAUAGCUCUAUGUUGUCACGUGGAGACACAGAUCUACUAAUUAAGUUGCAGCAGCAACAACUGCAGAACAACAGCCAACAGCAACAGCAACAACAGUAUGCACAGCAUCAGCUUAUGAGUCAACAGUCUCAAAACUCUAAUCACCACAUUCAUCAACAAGAAAAAAUGAUUGGUUCUAGUAGCUUAACAGCAGAUGGUAGCAUGUCAAAUGCUUUUCAAGGAAAUGAUCAGGCUUCAAAAGGCCAAAUUGUGCGAAAGAGAAAGCAACCAGGAUCCUCCUCCGGCCCCGCCAAUAGCUCAGGCACUGCUAAUACCACUGGACCAUCCCCCAGUUCUCCAUCAACACCAUCUACUCACACGCCAGCGGAUGCUAUGUCAAUGCCUACUUUGUCACAUAAUGGUGGUUCUUCCAAGUCUUUGCUUAUGUUUGGCUCUGAUGGAUUGGGCUCCCUUGCAUCUGCUUCAAAUGAACUUGCUGAUAUGGACCGUUUUGUGGAUGAUAGAACUCUGGAGGACAAUGUCGAUUCUUUCUUCUCUCAAGAUCCUACAGAUCUUAGAGAUAGAGUUAGUCGGUCUGCAGAUGUCAGCAAAGGCUUUACACUUUCAGAGAUUGUGGUUCUUCCUUCAAGUACGGGUAAAAUUGAGUGCUGUCACUUCUCAUCAGAUGGGAAAUUGCUAGCAACGGGUGGGCAUGACAAAAAGGCUACAUUGUGGUGCACAGAGUCGUUUUCUCAAAAGUCGACUCUUGAAGAGCAUUCUCAAUGGAUUACUGAUGUUCGUUUCAGCCCAAGCAUCUCACGACUUGCUACAUCUUCGGCUGACAAAACUGUCAGGGUUUGGGAUGCUGAUAAUCCAGGGUACUCACUUCGCACGUUUACUGGACACUCUACAACUGUCAUGUCAGUGGAUUUCCACCCCAGUAAAGAGGACCUCAUCUGCUCAUGUGAUAAUAACAGUGAGAUACGUUAUUGGAGCAUCAAGAAUGGCAGUUGUGUUGGAGUCUUCAAGGGCGGUGCUACCCAGACACGGUUCCAACCCCGUCUUGGAAGGAUCCUUGCAGCUGCUGCAGAUGAUGUAGUAUCCAUACUAGAUGUUGAGACCCAAGUGUGCAGGCUUAAAUUGCAGGGCCAUAAAAACCCCAUCCAUUCUGUAUGCUGGGAUCCUACUGGCGAGUGCCUUGCGUCGGUGAGUGAUGACUUGGUUAGAGUGUGGACAGUUGGGUCUGGCAGCAAAGGGGAGUGCAUUCAUGAGUUGGGCUGCACUGGCAACAAAUUCCGUACCUGCGUCUUUCACCCCACUUUCUCUUCUAUGCUGAUCAUUGGAUGUUACGAGACUCUGGAGCUUUGGAACAUGGCUGAAGACAAGACGAUGACUCUAUCGGCACAUGACCAACUAGUAUCUGCGUUAGCAGUUUCAAAUGUUACAGGUUUCAUAGCGUCUGGUAGUCAUGAUAAGAUGAUAAAGCUCUGGAAAUGAUACCAUUGCUCACAUUACCAACACAUAGUAUUAUUGAGUUAUAUGCUUCCAGGUUUUCUGACAGAUACUUUUUUAGCUGUUCAUAUUAGGGCUCGAGGGUUACAGGCUGUUUGGUAGAAAGGGGGGUUGCUUAGAUUUUGUCCAUUCUCUAAUUCCACACUAACCCACUAAACCCCAACGGUUCAGUUUUUGUGCCAAACAUCACCAGAUUUACCUACAAACACUUGUUUAUGUAUAUUCAACAUUAUCUAUAUUUGCAAUGAUCAAAUAUAUUUCUCCUCUUA